CCGACAUGGCCAAGACGUACCGUUAACUCACGCGUCUCUCCUACUAUCCAUUGAUGCCUCCGCCGUCGCGUAACUCGUGCGUUCUCCCCGAUACGUGCAUCCCGCAUCGGGCGCGUGCAAGGACGCGCGUCCUCGCCUGCUGCGUGCCGCAAGUCUGGGACGGUACGCGCCGCGCUGCGCAAACCGGCCGCAGGACCGUCAACACUGGAAGGUUAGAUUCGCGCAAAUGAAGGACGUUAGAUGAGGAAGUUUGCGGGACUGCCUGAAUUGCAGACUCGUCAGAAUGGUGGGUAGCAUGCCCAGCGGAUGGAUGAGGAGGAUCCUCCUCUUCCUCGUCCUAAUGACCGGUGUCCUGCUGAUCGCCAUGUACGCUCAUGCUCCGCCGCUCGCAUCGCUGCAGCCGUUUGCGACGCGACGAAGACUAGAGGACUUGCAGCGCGGCUUGGUUAAUUACCUGGUCGGUAAUGAAACCACGAUCGGACCUGGCGAACGGCUCUACGAGUAUCUGGAAGAGCCUAGGACAUUUCAAAGUCCGUGGUCCUGGGCGUGUGUGGCGAAUCGAUGUGAGAGACGAGCAGUGAGGUCUUCGAGGACAUCCUUGGCGACCUGCACCGCGCAUUGCGGAGGAAAUAUUCGUCUAUUGUGGCCCAGACCGACUGAGAAUGUCGUCCUCGGCGAUGACAGUGUCAUCCUGCAUCUUCAGCAGAUCGAGUUCGUCACCGUAAAUACGAGCGAUCAGGAGACGAAAGAUCUGCUGGAGCAUGCGAAGGAUAUCUUCAUCGGAAACAUUAGGAGUUUGGUCAAGGUGUUGAAUGCUAAAAGUCGAUCCGGUAUCGAUUCGUUCAUCGUGUACCUGAGCGCUGGGAAUGCGCGAGGCACCACCUUGACUUUGGACACCGAUGAGUCGUACAAGCUAGAGCUCACAUCGAAGGGGAAGAUUCUGGAAGCCAGGAUCACGGGGAGAAGCUACUUCGGGGUGCGGCACGGUCUAGAGACCCUUAGCCAGUUGAUCUGGUGGGAUGAGGCGGCUGGCAAGCAGGGCGCUCUUCGUAUCCUCACGCGAGCCUCCAUCGAGGACAAACCCGCAUUCUCUUAUCGCGGCCUUCUCGUCGACACAGGCCGACAGUUUUUCCCCAUCGAGGAACUGAAGAGAGUCAUUGAUGGCAUGGCAGCCACAAAGCUCAACACGUUACACUGGCAUCUCACCGACUCUCAGAGUUUCCCGUUUGACUCGGCACAGUUUCCGGAGAUGGCGAGAUGGGGCGCUUACAGUGGCGACCAUAUUUACACACCUGAAGAUGUGAAGGACCUAGUCGAUUAUGCGAGAAUACGCGGUGUCAGGAUCGUCGUUGAGAUCGAUUCUCCGGCUCAUGCUGGCGCCGGAUGGCAAUGGGGUACGGAACAUGGUUUUGGUGAACUGGCGUUGUGCGUGGAUCAGCAGCCGUGGUCAUCAUAUUGUGGCGAGCCAAAUUGCGGGCAACUGAAUCCAAUAAAUGAACAUUCAUACAGGAUAUUGGAGGGCCUGUACCGAGAAUUAUUAGAUCUCACAGAGGUGCGCGAUUUGGUCCAUCUUGGUGGCGACGAAGUGAAUCUCGAGUGCUGGGCGCAAUAUGGCAAUAUCACUCUCGCAAUGCAGGCGCAAAACAUGACGGAUUAUCACGCACUUUGGGCGGAAUUUGAGACAAAAAUGCUGCAGCGGCUGAUUCGAGCGAAUCACGACAAAGUUCCGAAGGCGGUAAUCCUGUGGAGCUCUCCAUUAACGAAGAGGCCUUACAUCAUGAUGUACUUCGAUCCGAAAAUUCACGUGAUUCAGUCUUGGGGCGGUAGCAAUUGGCCGGAAACGCCGGAUCUGCUAGAGGACGGCUUCCGGGUAAUCCUGUCGCAUGUAGACGCUUGGUACCUGGACUGUGGCUUCGGCAAGUGGCGGGAGAUCGGCGAGGCCGCGUGCGGCGAAUAUCGUACCUGGCAAACUGUCUACAAUCAUCGUCCGUGGAAGGACUAUCCACCACAACAGCAGCCUUUGGUGCUUGGCGGCGAGGCGGCGAUCUGGAGCGAACAGACCGGACAAUCGUCCCUGGGACCUCGACUAUGGCCUAGGGCGUCGGCGUUCGCUGAACGAUUGUGGAGUGACCUAUCGACGAACAGUUAUUCCACGGACGAGAAUGUUUACACCAGACUAGCCGUGCAUGUCGAAGUCCUGAACAGCAGAGGUAUCAAGACGGAGUCUAUGUGGCCACAGUGGUGUUCCCAGAAUCCCGGGAAAUGUCUCUGACCGAUCGUUAGAGAUUCGCUAACUAUCCACCAGCCGUUCCACGAGUACUGUACUUGCAGCACUGAUAAACAUAUAAAAACAGGGCUUCAUAAAAAGCGGCGACGUCAGUUGCAAGUCCUGUCGGUGGUCGAAAUCGAUUUCGUCCGACGCGCAAUGACAUCGCGUAUUCGUGAUCCAUGGGACCUUUCGAUGCACAUCCUGCCGACGAAAUUGACAAUCGUUCCUGCUUGAUAAAUCGACGGCUUUUUCAUUCGCAAGAAAUGAAUGUCGAAGGGAUCCGAGGUUCGGCAAAUAACAUCAACAUUAACAUCAAUGUAGCGAAUAACCAAGAAGCUCUCUCUGCGUAUGUAAUAUAUAUAUGCAAACCUAUGAUAAAGUUGUGAGAUUACAGCGGUGACAGUGGAUAAGCUGUAACUUUAAACCAUUACGCAUUAACUUGACGUAAAAGGACGCGUGGCUGGUAACGAUUAAUUGAUUCAAACUCCUCUUGUGAAGAGAUUUGAAAUCAAGCUUCACGCAAGUUUAGUUUUAUAAGCGUCUACUUAAAUCGAAUAAUUGUAAUCAAGUAGAGCCGCGGAUAUUCUAUUGAUGAAAUGUGAUUCGGAGUCCGAACUGUAUGUCGAUCAUGAAUGUUGCAAAUUUUUUAAUUCCUUGAUAUUUAAAAGAUAUCGCUGUUGAGAGCA